AUGUUGGGCAACAACGAGGCGAGCUGUUCGGCGAUUGUGAAGGUUCAUCCAUUAGUUGCCCUCAACAUUAGUGAACAUUGGUCAAAACUUCGAUUGGAGAAAAAUGAGGACACUGUUUGGGGAGUUCUUCUUGGACACAAAGACUCGAAAGGACGCGAAUUUGAGGCAGUCACCUCAUUUGACAUCAAGAUUCACAAAGUCAACAAGCAGGGAGGAGGCGUCUCGCUCGAAAAUGAGAAAUUCAACGAGCGCUUGGAACAAUAUACUGAAGUGUUUCCCGAUUUGGAGUACGUUGGUUGGUACACAGCUUCGACGCCAUCACCAAAUGAAACGCUCAAUUUGCCUAAAGACAGUGUCAUCUUACAUUUAGCCGCUUUUCUCAACAUGCCCGCUAAUAAACUUCCACUUUUUGCGUAUGUUGUUGAUGAUAAAGGAGUGGCUCGACCAGCUGAAUGGAGCCUUCAAAGUGAAGCUAGUGAACGUAUUGGUGUUGAACAUGUGACAAGGCUUUCGAAGGCAGUGGGGGAUGCGAGUGCAACAAAUGUGAGCCGUCAUCUUCGCACCCAAGCUUCAAUUGUGGAAAUGAUGCUUUCGAAGCUGCGAAUUGUGCAGCGAUGGCUUGAGGGUGUCGAUGUGGGUACCGUUCCUUAUGAUCCAGUGAUUGCUCGAGAGGCUGGCAAAAUCAUCGAUAUGGCUGCACAAAUCAAGCCAAAUGAAAAAGAUUUUGAUGAAAAUUUGAAUCAACACAUGCAAGACAUUUCAGUCGCCCAGCUACUAACGAAGAUUACAAAGUUGAUUGGAGCUGAUUAUCAUGCUUGGACUGAUACGUUACGAUUAAAAGAAAGUGCUGUGACGGCGUCUGGAGUCGAUAUGGGAGAUGCUGAUGAAAUUAACAGAGUGUCUGGAUAUGCUAAUUUCUUGAUGUCUAGCACACGCGAAUUCUGGAAUGUA